AUACUCCCAGGGGAUUUACUCGGGUACCAGCGUUGUUGUCAUCCGCUGCCGGUCGUCGCCUGGAUUUGGGUUUACGGCAAACUGGUCUCCUCUCUUGAUCAACCCCCGAUUUGAACACACCUUUACUAAACAUAAAGGAGGCCAGGGACACCUAAAUUUCCAACCUUCUUACGCCGCCUGCUUCAUCUAGCUCUACACAAAAAAGUACAACCACUCGAAAGGCGGGAGGCUUGUGGAGAAAAAUUAAAACAAUGGCACAAGGGGACCGGUGGCUGUUUCCCCCUAGUGCUUUGAAAGCAGUUAAGAAGAACGGUAAGUAUACGCUUUAAUAAUUUAAUGAGUGACACGAUUGGCUCAGAACCUCAUCAGAGCCGGAUGCCCGCACCGGCGUAGUGCUCCCGGGGCUCGCCAUUUGCAAUUCACUCAUUGGGCCUCGCAGGCCUGGGAGUUGGGCGCCAAGUGAUGCGACCAACUCUGUGAACGAGACCUUUGUGCAUUUGCUCCGACAGCCCGGCUCUAUCCGUGCACCUAGACGCAGCCAAACCAUCCGUCUUAAAAUACCAGUCUUUAGUAUUGGUAGGACUGAUUCCCUUGAGAUACCUCAACAUCCCUCGAAAGGUGAGGUGGGUAGAGCGGAAGAUACUGGUACCCAAGCCCAACUUGUCCAAUCCUGGGGUGCCCCCGGAUCGGUGAGUCGUUGGUCUUCUAGUGAUGAAGGGGGCCAGGCAGAUCCCCAGAAAUUGUAAGUUAUGCUCUAGUUCAGAAAGAUUGCUGCAGGAAAGUUAAGGUCACUUUCCAAGAGUUUGUGUUUACAACUUUGUCAAUAGGCUUCGAGCUACUCUCUCCAAAAGGUUCAAAGGGAUAAGCGCCUCUCCAACCAAGAUGAAUGCUGAAGAGCCUCGGGAGAACCCAGAAAAGAAGGGCUUUAUCACAGGUCAGUUCCCGAGUUUGGUUUAACGAGGUAUCGAGAGCUUUGCUAAUUGUUUGAGAAAGAUGAUGCGGAGAUAAAUGAGCCCAGUCAUGGUGUUUUUACUUAUUUCGGGGACUCCAAUGCCAAACCUUGUCUCCCUGCUGCAGGGGAAGUCCUUCACGUGCGUGGCUUGCAAGGCUCCGAAUGUUUGGCUCUUGAGAAUAUUGACGGGAUUGCUCGUGUCGUGGCUGGGAAUCUGCAAUGUUUUGCUGCUGAAAUUGGGCAUCCAAGUUUCUGCCUCGAAGGUGCGUCCUCUCGGGGCCCAAUACUGAUUCCCUCUGACUCAAAGCGUUUCACAGAUUGCGAGUCUUUCAUGAAAAUUAUGGUUUUCUGUGGUUCGGUCUUCAUCGGACGUAUCCCACUUUUGAACGAACUAGCUCGCCAAAUUGUUGCUUCACAAGGAAAACCGGAUAGGCAACUGAAGUAUACACGAUACCCUUUCUUAUAAUAAGGAGUCAAUUGAGUUUACCUAACAAUUCAUCCUACCAGUAUCUGCCGGUUUAUCGCUUAUUGGCAGAAGGAAAAACCUGAGGAUUUCUUCACUGAACAAGUGGGAAAUGCCAGAUAUGAUGUCCUCCAGGCUUUGAAGAUUACCGGGAAUACGACAGCAGCCAAGCUGCUAGCAGAUAGCUGCAUAGAACACCAACAGGAUUACACCGAGUAUGUAAAGUUUGCUCACUCACAGAAGGCGGGUUGGGUUCCAUUCCGUGAUCUCGUAUUCGCUUACCGUAGACUCGUUACACCGGAGCUUUGUGCGAAGGGCUUGACCGGAAUGGAUUAUGAGGAUCUAGCCAAAUAUCUUGCUAUCAUGGUUUGUAAAGUUCUCUACAAAUUCUUGAAACGGUGGGCUGAUGAGACUUAACUUAGGAUUUGUUACUCUUCCGUGACGCAUCUGAAGUGAGCACUUUAGACGAAUGGUGGAAAGAAAAACAAGAUGAAUCGAAGCCGAGAUAUCAUUACAACGAUCUUUGGACCGCUGAAAAAGACACGCAUUGGUGGUGGGCGGUUGAGAGGGUGCAACGGCAGCUAGUUCGGGCUGAGAUGGUUAGUGACAGAUCAAGAUACUGGCAAUACCUUAUCCGUUCUUCGAAUCAGUUCUGAAAACAGCGCAGAUUACACAUUGGACUAGACUCGAAAUUGUUCAACUCGAGACAGUCAAGGAGAGAGCCAAGAUGAUUGAAAUUUUUAUAGAUACGGCAGAGAGUCUUCUUAGGAAAUCUUCGCUUAAUAGUGCCCAUUGCAUUGGCGAGGCCUUAACCACGCCUCUCAUAAGAUCCUUGGGACGCAGUUGGGGAGUGAGUACAUGAGAAAAAAAGGUCACCAUUUGAGCGCAUGCUAAUAUCUUUCUCUCAGCUUGUUGGCGAAGCUCAACAUGCCCGCUUCAACGUUAUUAAGACCUUUCUUGAGGAUGGGCUUGCCCCCCAAAUACCCAGAGGGCCCGUCAUACCUUAUUAUCGUAAGACCUUAUCAGCUCCCCUUAUUAGUUCUAUCUAGCGCCUGGAUUUACUGAUAUUUAUCUGUUGGCUUUAGCCGACUUCUUAGAGUUAGUCACCAGACUCUAUGAGGAGAACGAUCGCUCUAAUCGUCUUUCAACCAUGCCCGCCAACCUGGCCCAUAAGGAUGUUUUGCUUAACGAUUUUGGGUCGUUUAGUGAGGGUGGAAAAACAAAUCUUGGGAUGCUCUCCAACUAUCCUGGCAUCUUGCAUAAAUCGAUCGAUUUAGCAAAGUACAGGAUCCUGCUUACUACGGUCCAAGAACACCAGGAACUUGCAAGCAAGGAUUACAAAUUUUGUGGCAUGAUCACCAGGGAUUGCUUCGGACUGAGACUCCAUCUUUCGGGUCCCACUAACUACCGUUCCUUGAAUCGUCUUGAAAAUAAGGUUACUGUGGACAGUCAUAAGGGGAGAUUGAAUGAUCUAUCUAAGUUGGUUGAGACUAGGAUGCUUGAGGCUUGGGCACUCCUCGCAAUUACUGACAUUUCCCCAAGACUCUUGACUCCUGAGAUCAAGCGUGACAUUCUUUUGCAGGGUCUGUUCAAACUUACCGGGGAAUAGCGUAUCUCGACUUUUUUUUAAAGCUGGGGAAGUACCCUUUUUUCCUUACUAAUCUCGAAACACUGAUUUUGAUUCCGGACAACCAGCUUGUCUUGUAGGCGGAAACCACCAAGAUAAUCUAGAUACCAUCCCCCCCUUUAGCUAGAAGACAAUAAAUGAUUAUUUUUGUGGUG